AUGGAUUUGUCGUCUCUUCCAAGAGAAAAAUGGUGGGGGGAUGAAUAUCUCGUCCAACUUGAAGGAUUUUGGUUUAGACCUCAACGCGUAAAGCCAAUCAAAAGAGUGAUCAAUCAUUACAAUCCACUUCCUAGUGAUGUGAUCUUGGUUACUUCUCCUAAGACCGGUACCACAUGGCUCAAAUCUGUCCUUUACUCCAUCCUCAAUCGAUCCUCCAAACAUAAGUUGGCCGUCAAACACCCUCAUGAACUUGUUCCCUUCUUGGAGGUACAAGUCUUUGCAGAGGCCGAUGAGCCGCCAAUUCUACCGGCCCCAUCAGAUGGGCCUCGAUUAUUUGCCACACACAUUCCAUACCAACUCCUUACCAAAACCCUAGAUUAUAGUCAAUGUAAGGUUGUUUACUUGACAAGGAAUCCAAAGGACACCCUCGUCUCUUUGUGGCAUUUUGUGAAUAAGUGGAACAUGGAGAAGGUUGAUCAGCCAUGGUCUCUCGACGAGGCAACUGACAAGUUUUGUCGUGGGAUUAGCCUAUAUGGGCCUUACUAUGAUCAUGUGCUUGGGUAUAGAGAGUUGAGUCUGAAAAGGCCGGAGAACGUGUUGUUCGUGACAUUUGAGGAUAUGCUAGAAGAUCCUCAUGGUUAUGUCAAAAAAUUGGGUGAGUUCUUAGGAUGUCCGUUUGAAAAAGAUGAAGAAGAUGAAGUGGAGGAGAUUGUGAAGAAUUGCAGCAUUGAGGUGCUAAGUAGCCAUGAUGUUAAUAAGUCUGAAGAAUCUACAACAUGGUUUCCAUUGCCGUGCAAUUCAUUCUUUAGAAAAGGAAAAACUGGGGAUUAUAAAAACUAUCUUAGUAAUGAGUCUAUUCAACGCAUUGACACACUUACAAAAGAAAGAUUUCAUUCCUUAGGCUUCAUGUAUGGGAUUUAG